CUGACGUGAAGGCUGAAAUAAGGUAAAACGCAAUUCUUUAGCUGUGUGAAUUUUUAAGAAGAAAGGCAGGAAAGUUAUUGUGCCUGGAGCUAAGAGAAGAAACCAUGGCCACAGGAGGAGACGAAUCUGGUCCUACACUUUAUGCUUCCUUUCCGAAAAGUGCCCCUGACCUCUUGCGUAUGACACAAAUGGAAGGGAUGUGCCGAAAUGGUCGCACCGGUUCGUUAUGCUUAGGUCCAGGGAUCACACUCACCGUGGAGGAUUCGGAAGAGGAUUCUGAGAACGAUGCUGGAUCCCAACCUUGUAGCCCUAAUCUCAACUCGGAGAGGCGACAACCAAACGGUUCUAUAGGUAGAUCCCAAUCUAUGCGAACCGUCCGUCGACCACAGCCUUAUGAUCCCACUGACCCCGGUAGUCGCUUUAGGCAGAGAAUUUCUAGCAUCCCUACAGAAAAAGCAGUUGCAUCACAGGGUACAACUGUUGCCCGAACCUCCUCAAACUAUUCCCUUCCUCUUCCAGGAGAGGCAGUGCAUUACCAACGUCUUCGAAAUUUCUCCGUAACUCCUAAGGGAGUCAUAAAUAGAGGUGACUCUUUCCGAUCCAAAUCUCGCAGCACUUUAAACAUUUCUUCUAAUAAACCCAACUCAGAGCAAGUGACAAAACCAGAUGAGGAGACGACAAAGACCGCGAGCCUGACUUUUGUAGCAUCAAUUUCGACCGUUACCCCUGGCCCAGCAUGUGAAAGACAAAUUGUGCCACCCGUGAUUGUGACGGAGACGAUGAAACACAGGGUCCUAAUAAUAGGAAGUCCAGAUGUUGGAAAGUCAUGCCUAACCACACAGUUUACUACGUCUGAAUACAUCAAUGCUUACGAUACGUCUCUGGCGGAAGACAACGAAAAGUCAGUAACAAUCGUAUUGAAUGAACAAGAGUCAGAACUGGUGUUCAUUGAGCAUUCUUUCAUUGAAAACACGCCUAUAGGUCAACUACUUGCCCCUGAUGUGGACGCAUGCGUUGUGGUGUAUUCUGUAACCAAUAAGGCGAGUUUCCAGUGUGCAAAAAUGUUUCUCGAACAGCUCCGCAAGACUGAAAACACUGACAGAAAAGCAGUAAUAAUUGUAGGCAACAAGACGGACUUAGCACGUUUGAGGACUGUAACACCAGAAGGCCUGUCGGUGAAUGUUGAUUACGCUAGUUGUGGAACUUGA